GUCGGUCCAAUGGUAGCAAUAUACGUGCUUCGGUUUGGCUCCUUCGGUUUCGCCUUGCCACUGCUCUCGUCCAAGAGGUCCAAUGCGCUGAGCAUGCUGUCACACCCACUAGGGGAGAAGACAACAACCCAUCUCCGUGGCCGGUCAGCCGUAGUCUGGAGACGCUGUGAGAAGUCGUCCCUGAACGACUUCAUCUCUCCCGUGCCAUAGAUCACCACCUCGUCCAAUUGCCACCCGGCCCCAGUCAAAACCUUGGGGAUAGUAUCCCGCCUUUUGUCCCCGACAAGAAACAGCAAAGCAGGCACGGACUCCUGAUCCUUAUACCACGCCCGGUAGUGGUCAAGAAUAUAUGGCGCUAAAGUCUCGCCAUUGCCCGUAUGCUCUCCGAAAACCUGCAAAGCUGGAACCUGAGGAACAGCCUUCAGAGCUCGGGUUGUGGCUGGGCCGACACUGUAGACGGGAAUGUCCUGGAGAAACGGCCAGUUAUCUUCACCUACAAGUUGCUCACCUUUAGCCACUCAGUCAUUCACAAGCCUGUCGAGCUUCGAAGAUGGACGAGUCUCACCUCUCCCUUCCUCGACAAGCUUAGUGAAAGCCUCGACAGCCCGCUGGGAAGUGAAAAUCAUGCCACCGUAUUGUUUGCCCUCAGUCCUUCCUAUUUGCUUGUUCUUGAGGAUUCCGCGCACUUUGGCCAUGCCCUGGUCGUCGAAUUGGUGCUCAAGCACAGGGACGAACUCGGGAUCAUAUUCGGAGCCAUUGCCGUCAGGGGUCGAGAACUUUUCCUCGUAAUGGUCGCCAGCAGAAGACUUUGUCUUGAGCAGGUAGACGGGUAUUUUUGGUGACAUGUUGCUGAGAGCCAGGAUGCUGAAGGGUGAUAUGGCCUUUGCUUCUUCCCCGAACAACUGGUUGAGGAGAAAAGGGGAACUUUUUAAACUGGGAUGGGAUGAAAUGCACAAGACAUUGAGGCGGCAUCCUGGGAGAUGGCGGGGAGUGUGUCUGCCCCACCAAAGCUUUAUCGAUAACAUUUUUCGCGGGGACCCUGGCCCCUGUUCAUCGCAACGCUCACAGGGGGUUCCGAUCGCCUGGGAAUACAUGAUUGGAAAUUUCCAUGGUUGACGGCUGACAAAUGAACAGUUUCUUGGUUGUCAAAUAUCACCAACGAUUGUGGACUGUUUUAGUUAUUGUACACAUACACACACGUCUCUCAGCCUCAGACAUAUAAUGGCAAACGAUAUCCAAGACCGAGACGAGCAGGCCACUACAGCCGCGGCCGCUAACACAAGCCAGCCUCUCCCCAAGGGUGUAGUCUUGGGCAAGGAUGGCAAACCUUGCCGUUCUUGCACUGCCGGUGCCGACUUCGCAGCUUGGACUAGCCAGGCCAAAACAAUGACGGCCCUCUCCACUGGCAAACCUGUUCCCGCUGUCAAGAAACGGAGAGACUGCCCUCCAGACGUUGUAGCUCUCGGCCGGUCAUCAUGGACCCUCCUCCACUCCAUCGCGGCCACCUACCCCGAGAAGCCAACCCCUUCCGAGCAGUCCGAUGUCAUCUCUUUUAUGAAGUUGUUCUCAAAGCUGUACCCUUGCUGGGUGUGCGCCGAAGAUUUCCAAGAGUACAUCGAGCGGAAGCAAAUCAAAGCUGGAAGCAGGGAUGAGUUUGGAAACUGGCUGUGUGAGGCACAUAACGGUGUGAACAAGAAGCUGGGGAAGAAGACCUUUGACUGCAGUAGGUGGUUGGAGAGGUGGAGAGAUGGGUGGAAGGACGGGAGUUGUGAUUGA